AUGUCAUCCAGUGUGUCUCUCCCAGAGGAGGAUCUCUCCUGUCCUGUGUGCUGUGACAUCUUCAGGGACCCUGUCCUCCUACCAUGUAGCCACAGCUUUUGUAAGAGCUGCCUACAACGCUACUGGGACACCUCAGCCCUCAGACAGUGCCCUGUCUGCAGGAGAAGAGCCUCCAAGCGCACCCCUCCUGUCCAACCUGGCUCUGAAGAACCUCUGUGAAGCUUUGCAACAGGGCAGGAGUCAGAGCUCAGCGGAGGGGAACGGGGUUGCUCUGUAGUCUACAUGGAGAGAGACUCAGACUCUUCUGUCUGGUGGACAAGCAGCCUGUCUGUGUAGUGUGCCAAGCCUCGAAAAUACACAAGAACCACGACUGCUCACCCAUAGAGAAGGCAGCACAGGAUUGCAAGGUGAGAGACUGAAUAAUAUUUGAAAUGACUCUAGUAUGUACAUGCAUGAAAUAACUUGGCAACGUCUGUUUUCAUAGUUUAUGUUGCCAUUUUCUCAUGUAAGGAACCUGUGGCCCCUGGCAGUAAAAUGCUGUUAAUCAGGUCUAUCCUGACAGUAAAUGUGAGAGUACAGUAUUAGCAGAGAAAUAUAGCAGAGAAAUUCCAAGUGUGUAAAGUAUUAUAUCUGCAUUCCUAUGGGAUAAUAUCUGACCUGCUGGUUGUACGUCAGUGAGUGGUGUUGAUAGACAUACAGUGUGUUUGCAGAGUAAAACAUUUUUAAACAUAGUAAAUUAUCUCAGGUAUUGAAAGGGUUAUUUUAGUCAAGCAACACACCUGGCAUGGAACCUAUUGUUAAUUUAUUCACAAAAUUAAAUCUAGACGUCUAAUCGAGUUACAGCUUGCUGCUUUCAUAAGAAAGCUCCUGUUAGAAUACCCUUUACUUCUAGGAUGAGCUCAAUGUAGCACUGAAGACCUUACAGGAUACUCUGGACUCCCUCAUUAGACUGAAGGGAACCUCUGAAGAGAUGCUUGAGCCCAUUAAGGUAAUCUCCACAGAUGUCAUCUACAUGUCCUUUUCAUUCAAAUGAACUCAAAUCCAUCAAGUUGUGCUCUACUUGCCCCUUAGAAUCAGGCCCUGGAGACAGAGAGGCAGAUAAAGGAUCAGUUUGUGAAACUCCACCUGUUCCUGUAUGAUGAAGAGGCAGCGAGGUUAGCUGCUCUGAAGGAGGAGGAAGAGGAUAAGAUAGGGGUGAUGAAGAGUAUGAUGACAGAGGCUGCAGCAGGGAUGCUAUACCUCACAGAGACUAUUACAGUCAUAACACAGGAGAUGACAGGUGCUGAAGACAUGACAUUGCUCCAGGUUUGCACUCUCACAAUUUACACAUCACACACUCAAAUUAAAUAAAGCCAGAACAAUCAUUUUUGAGGAGAGGAUGGGAGUUUUUUUAUUCAGCCUCAAUAUUACACUUUCUUUGCUUUUCAGAACUUUAAAGCCACUAUAGAGAGGUAUGUUGAAAUCCCCCACAUCUCUGUCUAUCACUCUCUUUUUUCCUCCCUCUCUCUGCUGUGGAAUACUGAACAGGACAAAUUUAUUAUUUUGUCAUUUCAGAGCCCAGUGCACAGGGCAGGGUCCAGAGAGGAUUUCAGGGGCGUUGAUUGAUGUGGCCAAGCACCUCUGUAACCUCAAGUACAGAGUCUGGAAGAAAAUGCUCCUGCAUGUUGAAUACAGUGAGUACAUUUCAAUGGUUAACAGAGCUGAGGAGAUAAGGAGGUAACUCCCACAGCAUUUUAACCUGGCGGAGAGAAGCUAAAACAGUGGUGAGUGACCCAAACCCUUUUCCUGUCUCUGGCCCAUUUCCUCCUCCUCCUUUUCAGUUCCUGUGACCUUGGACCCAAUCACAGCCCACCCCUGCCUCUUCCUGUCACAUGACCUCACGUCCCUUCAGUACACCAGCCAGCCCCAACGUCUCCCUGACAACCCUGAGCGAUUCCACAUGAGUGCAGAGGUCCUGGGCAUGACCGGGCUCAGCUCAGGAAGCCACUGCUGGGUAGUGGAAACAGGAUGUAAUGACGACUGGAUUCUGGGUGUGGCCUGUAUGUCUGUCACCAGGAAUGUGGAGGUCCAGGCCCGGCCGGAGAACGGGUUUUGGACCAUAUGUCUGCGAGACAGGGAGUACAGAGCGAUGACCUCACCUCCAACAGCCUUGACAGUCACAGGGAAACUCAAGAGGGUCAGAGUGCAACUGGACUGGGACAAGGGCCAAGUGUCUUUCUUUGACCCUGCUGAUGACAACGAUACACCCCUUUACUCUUUCUCACACAAGUUCACAGAGAAAGUGUUUCCGUAUUUUUAUACGCAAAGCAAACACCCUCUGAGAAUCCUACCUGAGAGGGUGUGUGUUACAGUGCAACAUAGUGGGGCAGGACGUACUUGUAAAGUUCCCGACUGA